AAUGCCCUGCAAAAGUUCUUCUUUUUUAACAACAUACGCGCCGCUCAAAAAUAACCAAGACGUUGGAACAUGUGUAAAUAAACGUCCAUUCCAAAGUUAUUUGCAGUGAUUUCGUUUGUGUGCACCAAAAAGAAGCGGCUGAAAAUUGGCAAAGAAUUGUACCGCCGCUGCCCGUUGUGAAGAAAAAUCAGCGCCUGCCGAUUUCCGUCCUGUCCGGCUUCAGUGGGUGAGGAUGACGGACAUUGUUUAUCCGAACGGCUGUCGGCCAUUGGUGGAAGACCUGGGCACAGACGAGCUCAUACGCCGCCUUAAGACACUCGCCAAUGUCCUGCAGACCAUGGACCAGGAUGACAAUCUCUAUCAACAAUAUAUACCAUUGGCACUCCACCUGCUGGACGACUUCUUUAUGCAGCAUACAUCCCGCGAUGUCCAACUGCUGAUAGCGUGCUGCAUAGCGGAUGUAAUGCGCGUAUAUGCGCCUGAGGCCCCCUACAAAGAGCAAGAUCAAAUCAAAAGCAUUUUCAAGUUUUUUAUCAAACAAUUGCACGGUCUAAAGGAUCCCCGCGAUCCGUCCUUCAAGCGUUACUUUUAUCUAUUGGAGAACUUAGCCUUUGUCAAGUCUUUCAACAUGUGCUUCGAGCUCGAGGACUGCCAGGAAAUCUUCCACGACCUGUUUAGUACCAUUUUUAAAAUUGUGAACGAUCAGCACAGUGCCAAGAUCACAAACUUUUUCCUGGACGUGCUAAGUGCCCUGAUAACCGAGGCUGACAAUUUGUCCGUGGAUCUUCUGGACCUCUUACUGAUUAACAUAGUGAAACCAAAUAAAUCAAGCAACAGAUGUGCUGCACAUAUAACCGAUCAACUGCUCGCCAAGACCGGUGACGCAUUGGAGUCCCCAAUCAAAAUGUUCUUUAACCGUGCAUUGGUCAUGGAUAAGCCGAACAACAAACUGUCUAUUACAAACAAAAUCUAUGAUAUCAUCUAUGAGCUUAAUCGCAUCAAUCCCGAUCUUCUGUACUCCGUGCUGCCCCAAUUGGAGAACAAACUACUGUCCACUGAUGAUGCAGAAAGGCUGAAAGCCACCACGUUGCUGUCGCGCAUGUUCUCCGAGAAGGACUCGCAGCUGUCGCAGAAAUAUCAAAACCUGUUACGCACCUUCUUGGGCCGCUUCUGCGAUAUCUCGGAGGCAGUGCGUGUCAAGUGCGUACAAUCGUCCAUGCAUUUUCUUCUAAAUCACCCACAUCUGGAACCUGAUAUAACGGAAAAGUUGCGCCUGCGUAAUCACGAUUUGGACGAAAAUGUGCGCCACGAAGUGGUCAUGGCCAUUGUGGCGACGGCCAAGAGGGAAUUCAGCGUAGUAAUAGAGGCGCCCGAACUACUCGAGAUUGUGCGCGAGCGGACGCUGGACAAAAAAUACAAGAUUCGACGAGACGCCAUGAAUGGCCUGGCCUACAUCUACAAAGUGGCCAUCUGCGAACCAAAUGACUUGAGUGCUGAUGCCAAGCAGAGAGUGGACUGGAUCAAGAACAAGAUACUGCACGGCUACUACAAGGUGGGUCUGGAGGAUCGCCUGCUAGUAGAGCGUUUGCUUAUCACCUCAUUGGUUCCCUACAAACUGGCGCCCGAGGAGCGCAUGAAGAAACUGUACCAUCUGCUGGGCGAUCUUGAUGCGAAUGCAACCAAGGCCUUUGUUGAACUGCAAAAGAAUCAAAUGAAGACACGCAACACGGUUAGCGAUUGGAUCAAGCUGCAUCACUCCAAGGAGUUUACUCCCCGGGUGCUCGGUCAACUGGCUGUUAAACAGACCACCAUUGCCAAAUCAGCGCCUGCCGAUUUCCGUCCUGUCCGGCUUCAGUGGGUGAGGAUGACGGACAUUGUUUAUCCGAACGGCUGUCGGCCAUUGGUGGAAGACCUGGGCACAGACGAGCUCAUACGCCGCCUUAAGACACUCGCCAAUGUCCUGCAGACCAUGGACCAGGAUGACAAUCUCUAUCAACAAUAUAUACCAUUGGCACUCCACCUGCUGGACGACUUCUUUAUGCAGCAUACAUCCCGCGAUGUCCAACUGCUGAUAGCGUGCUGCAUAGCGGAUGUAUUGCGCGUAUAUGCGCCUGAGGCCCCCUACAAAGAGCAAGAUCAAAUCAAAUGCAUUUUCAAGUUUUUUAUCAAACAAUUGCACGGUCUAAAGGAUCCCCGCGAUCCGUCCUUCAAGCGUUACUUUUAUCUAUUGGAGAACUUAGCCCUUGUCAAGUCUUUCAACAUGUGCUUCGAGCUCGAGGACUGCCAGGAAAUCUUCCACGACCUGUUUAGUACCAUUUUUAAAAUUGUGAACGAUCAGCACAGUGCCAAGAUCACAAACUUUUUCCUGGACGUGCUGAGUGCCCUGAUAACCGAGGCUGACAAUUUGUCCGUGGAUCUUCUGGACCUCUUACUGAUUAACAUAGUGGAACCAAAUAAAUCAAGCAACAGAUGUGCUGCACAUAUAACCGAGCAACUGCUCGCCAAGACCGGUGACGCAUUGGAGUCCCCAAUCAAAAUGUUCUUUAACCGUGCAUUGGUCAUGGAUAAGCCGAACAACAAACUGUCUAUUACAAACAAAAUAUAUGAUAUCAUCUAUGAGCUUAAUCGCAUCAAUCCCGAUCUUCUGUACUCCGUGCUGCCCCAAUUGGAGAACAAACUACUGUCCACUGAUGAUGCAGAAAGGCUGAAAGCCACCACGUUGCUGUCGCGCAUGUUCUCCGAGAAGGACUCGCAGCUGUCGCAGAAAUAUCAAAACCUGUUACGCACCUUCUUGGGCCGCUUCUGCGAUAUCUCGGAGGCAGUGCGUGUCAAGUGCGUACAAUCGCAUGAAUGGCCUGGCCUACAUCUACAAAGUGGCCAUCUGCGAACCAAAUGACUUGAGUGCUGAUGCCAAGCAGAGAGUGGACUGGAACAAGAACAAGAUACUGCACGGCUACUACAAGGUGGGUCUGGAGGAU